CUUCCAUUAAGGACGGCCCCUUGAAACGACAGUACUUAAAACAAACCCAAAAGAGAGCUGCGAUCUGGAACCAGGAGCAGAUUCAAAUCUCGUCAGCGGAUUAUCGAAAAUACAGAUUUUCCAAUGGAUGCUCUGAGUGCUGCAAAUACCAACUUUGCCUUUGAUCUCUACACAAAACUAAAAGAGACGAAAAAUAGUGAGAACAUAUUUCUGUCUCCAAUGAGUGUCUCCGUUGCUUUGGGCAUGGUGUAUCUUGGUGCAAGAGGCAACACUGCAGAUCAAAUCGCCAAGGUUCUGCACUUUGACAAAGAAUAUGAUGUCCAUGCAAGGUUUAAGGAACUAAUGGCUAAUAUCAAUGAACCUGCCGCUUCUUAUCUCUUAAGACUGGUCAAUCGUAUUUAUGGAGAGGAAACAUUCAACAUUCUGAAAGAAUUUCAAAACUCCAGCUUGAAAUACUAUGAGGCAGAAAUGGCUGCAGUCAGUUUUCUAAAACAAACAAAUGCUGUCAGGAAUGAAAUCAAUACUUAUGUAGAAAAUAAGACUGAGGGUAAAAUCAAAGAUUUACUGUCAAAGGAUGCAAUUACUUCAAGCACAGUUCUUGUUCUUGUAAAUGCCAUCUACUUUAAAGGAAAAUGGAACCACAAAUUUCAGGAAAAAAACACGUAUGUAACAAAGUUCAAGAUGAACAAGGAGGAGUCCAAAUCAGUAAAUAUGAUGUUCCAGAAGGGAAAUUUUAACUUUGGUUAUAUCGAUGAACUCAAGACCAAAGUUCUUGAGCUUCCUUAUGAAAAGAAGGAUCUGAGUAUGUUCAUCUUUCUGCCCAAUGACAUCAGUGACAACACAACUGGAUUGGAAAAGCUUGAAGAGGCACUUGCAAACAAGACUCUGUUCAUUUUGAUUAACCUGGGAACUAUGAAGGAAAUAAAGCUUGAUGUUCAUCUACCCAGAUUUAAAAUGGAGGACCAGUUUAAUCUUGAAGAUAAACUUCCAGCACUGGGAAUGAUUGAUGCCUUUGAUCCAUCAAGGGCCAAUCUCUCUGGCAUGUCUGAGAAAGGUCUCUCUUUGUCAGCGGUUAUUCAUAAAUCCUUUGUGGAAGUUAAUGAAGAGGGCACUGAAGCAGCUGCAGCUACAGCAAUAGCAGUUAAUCGCAGCGCUUAUGUACCAACAGAAGAGUUUGUAGCAGAUCAUCCCUUCUUGUUUUUCAUCAAACACAACAAAACACAGAGCAUUUUGUUCUUUGGCCGAUACACGUCACCAGUGGGUGAUGCUACAGAAAAUCGGGACACAGGCAACAUGACACAGCAGGUCCAAAGCCAGACACAGAUACAGCAAAAGCGGGAAAGGACCAAGUACUGCUUCAAGUAAAUAAUUGCAUGACACCACACUAGGGAAUACGUCAGUUCUCAAUCUGAUAUUGGGAUGAUGCAUUUAAAAUAUCCUUCUCUUGCUGGUGACUGCUGUAUAUUUGUAGUUUCUUUGGGAAUUUAGGUUUAAGCUCACUUCUAAGGUGAAGAAUAACUUUCUGCAUGUUCUGCUUUCACUAUUUUGAAAAGUUUGAUGAUUAAAAAUGGUACGCUUGGACUAUCACAAAUAUUAAUUGCAGUAGAUUAUUUUGUUCAAUAAUUCAAAUUAAGUAAUUGAAAAAAUUUACAUCUCUAGGAUUUUGGAACUAC